UAGUUACUAUUCUGAUGCACAUUAGCAUCACUGAGAGAUCUAUCUGGUUGAAGUUCUCCCUGUCCAAUCUCAAUUCUUCCAUUGAUUAUCAAUCCGUUGCCUGCAACUAUGGCCGACGUGGUUCUCGGGGGCGUUGUGGAGUCCGUCACCGGACACCUUGUUUCCCUCGUCUCCCAGGAGAUCAGACUAGCGUGCGGCGUCAGAGCUGAGCUCGUGAAACUGCAGACCACCGUCUCUAUCAUCGGUGGAAUGCUUCGUGAGGCUGACAAGAGACGAGUUGAGGCUGAGGAUGUGAAGGAAUGGCUGAAGAAGCUGAAAGAGUUGUUCUGCGAUGCGGAUGAUCUGCUGGAUGACUUCUCUACUGAAGUUUUGCGACGUCGGAGAGUGACGGGAGGAGUUAACCGGAUCCUCAAUGAGGUGCGUAUCUUUUUCUCCUCUUCCAACCAGCUCCUUUAUCCGAGUGAGAUGGCUCAUCGAGUCAAGGAGAUUAGGGAGAGGAUCGAUGCAAUUUGGAAUGAUAGAAGCGCCUGUUUUCGGCUUGAGGGAAAUAGUAAUCUUAUGGGGAGUUUGGUGGAGAGCCGAGCUAGGCCGGAAACUAUUCCGUUCAAGUCUGACCCGUAUGUGAUUGGACGACACAAGGACAAGGAGAAAGUUAUUGAGUUCUUACUCAAUCCUAAUUUUGAGGAGAAUGUUUCCGUCCUCCCAAUCGUGGGUGUGGGAGGUCUAGGGAAAACGACAUUGGCACGACUUGUGUUCAACGAUGACAAGGUGAAGGAAUAUUUCGAGAUGAGGCUAAUUUGGGUCUGUGUGUCAACCGACUUCCAUGUGGAGGAUAUUGUGAGGAAGAUAGUACGAGAAUGCACCCCCACUAACAACGAAGAAAUUGCAAAUCACUGCAUGAAUGAGUUGCAGAAAAGGCUGGGAAAAUGGGUCGAUGGAAAGAAGUUCUUGCUUGUUUUAGAUGAUGUGUGGAAUGACAAUCGGUCUAAAUGGUUGGAACUUCGAGAAUUUCUAAUGAGCGGUGCCAAAGGAAGUAAGAUAUUGGUGACCACUCGCUAUAUUCGAGUGGUGGAAACUAUGACUCGAAAAUUUCAUAAAUUGAGUGGCUUAUCUAACAAUGAGUCGCUCUCUCUGUUAAUGCAAAUGGCAAUGAAGGAGGAGCACGAGUGGAAAAGUCAAAAUCUAGAAAAGAUUGCGGGAGAAAUUGUGAAGAAGUGUGCGGGAGUUCCCCUUGCAAUUAAGACGAUUGGGCGAUUGUUAGUGUUCUCUGGAAGUACCGAAGAAGAUUGGUUGAAUUUCAAGGAUGAUGAUCUAUCUUCUAUAGAUCAAGAAGAAAGUGACAUUAUGCCAACGCUUAAGUUGAGUUACGAUUUUUUGCCAUCGCAUUUGAAACCGUGCUUUGCUUAUUGCAGCUUAUUUCCGCAAGAUUAUUUGCUAGAACCACGUGAGCUUGUCUAUCUCUGGAUGGCACAAGGAUUUAUUAAUAAACCUCUAGGCAGUAAGAAAACCCUCGAAGAAGUAGGUUACGAUUAUUUCAGGGAGCUGCUUUCCAGAUCCCUUUUCCAAGACAUAAAAGAAGAUGUGUACGGCGACAUUAUGUGGUGCAGAAUGCAUGAUCUGAUGCAUGACCUCGCACGGCUAGUAGCAGGAAAGAAUUGCAUCACCAUUGAUAGCUCACAUGAAGAGAGGUUCCAAGAAGGAGCUCGCCAUGUAACUACCAAUGAUCCGAAUGUGUUGAAUGGAUUUGCAACAGACAGAAGAAUAAGGUCCAUGUUUCUUAUAGUUGAAAAGAGGAUUCAUAUUGCUCGUUUGGAUGUUUCAUGUUUUAGAAGCCUACGGGCACUACGUAUUCGUCGUGCCGGUAUAAAGGUGAUUUCACGUUCCAUUGGUAAACUCAAGCAUUUGAGGAGCCUUGAUCUAUUGGGUAAUAAUGAGUUAAGGUGUCUUCCGAAUUCCAUAAGCAGGUUGUGCAAUUUGGAGAGCCUUAUUCUCACAGUAUGUCGGGAUCUAGAAGGAUUACCAAGUGGGAUAACGAAGUUGGUCAAUUUGAGGCAGCUCAGUGUGGAGGGAUGUGAUAAGUUGACACAUAUGCCAAGGGGGAUUGGGAAAUUGACUAGUCUGCAAAGGUUAGAUGUAUUUGUAGUAGGGGAGGAAUCGAACCAAAAUGCUGCAGGGCUAAACGAGCUGAGCAGACUUACCGGAUUGAGGAAAGAACUGACUAUUGAAGGAUUAGAAAGAGUGGGGAGUAGUAGUAUUUCGAGCGAGGUGGAUGCUUCCUUCUCGAUGGAGAAGUUAGCUGAUCUUCAAUGUUUGGAACUAUGUUGGUCCACCCAAGACAGGGAUACGAGCAAUGACGAAGAAGUUUUGGAAAAACUUCGACCCCAUUCAGAUGUGAAGGGAUUGAGGUGUUAUGGAUACGGUGGUGUCAGACUUCCAUCGUGGGUCUCUCAACUGCAUAGAAUAGUCGAGAUUGAGAUUAAACAAUGUCAGGGAUGCAGGCAGCUACCACCUAUAGAUCAGCUCCCUUCCCUCAAAAGAAUCUGCUUGUAUGAUUUGAGGAAUUUGGAGCAUAUAGAAUUAUCGGAGAGUGGGACGAUGCCACAGUCUAAUUUCUUUCCAUCCUUGGAAGUAAUAACGCUAUGGAAUUUGCCUAAAUUCAAGGGAAUAGAAUUGAAGAGGAGGAUGGCGAUUCUUCUUCUUCUUCUUCUUCUUUGUUAAUACUCCCCUGCUUCUCCGACAAGGUCAAGGUUAA